AUGGCUAGGGAUACACAAUCUCGAUUAGAGUCAAAGAAUGAAGGUUAUAAAUUGGAUAAAUCACUACCUCAUGAUAGACGUUUUCUUCGUCCAUUUUCAAGUAAAAAUGGAUAUCCAGCUAUUUCAAUAACAUCACAAAAUGAGACUCAUUCUGAUCUAUCUUUAUCUCGAAUGUUAAGAGCUGCUAUUCUCACUGCAUGUCCAACUAUAGAUUUACGUUCUUUCAAAGAAUUAUCGGCUGAAUCAACUAUUAUGGCAGGUCUUGAAAAAGAUAUAUUAAAAUAUGAUGAAAUUCAAAUUCCAAAGCAUUAUAAGUUUGGCUUACUAUCUAUAAAAGAUAACCAAAUGACAGAAGAGGCAUGGUUUUCCAAUACAGAUCUAUCCUCUGAUCUACAGGACUUUUUGAAUGUUAUGGGUAAAAAGAUUGAAUUAAAAGAAUAUAAAGGGUAUGCAGCUGGGCUGGAUACUAAAACUGGUGAAUCAGGAAAAUAUGCCUAUGUAUCAAAAUGGAAUGACUUUGAUAUUUUGUUUCAUGUAGCUCCACUAAUGCCUUCACAUAAUAAUGAUAAACAACAAGUGUUACGAAAAAAACAUAUUGGCAAUGAUAUUGUGUGUAUUAUAUUUCUUGAAGGAAAUCAAAAGUUUAAUCCUAACGCUAUUCGCUCACAGUUUCUUCAUGUAUAUAUUAUUAUAAAACCUGAAAGCAUUAAAGGAAAAAGGCAUUGGAGGGUUGAAAUAUUAAGAAAGAAAAACAUAAUUGAAUUUGGUCCUGCUUUACCUAGUCCACCUUUAUUCGACAAUGAUGAAACGUUAAAAGAAUUUUUAAUUUUGAAAUGUAAGUAA